AUGGCUAGUCGGUACUCGGUGAGGGACGACGUGGAAUGCCUUGCGCCUCGACCAAAGCUAGACGACUGCAACGUCCUGCGCCGGGCCUUCCUCGAGGCGCGAGAACUGCUGCUGAACGGCUGCACAGAAGUGCACUUUAGCUGCGUGCUAGCCGACCACCAGCAGACUCUCCGAGUGCUCUGCACACAUUCGACCGUCCUGCCGAAGAGUGAGUGUUUGAUGGAUGUUUACUUUCACUACGCGGACGGCAACAGCGAGCAUGGAGCCCUCUUGGCCGCCGGCACUGGUUGCACCGGCCCAGUCUUCGAGUUCUACUGCACAGAACAGGAGAAGUGCGCGGCUCCGCGAAGACGGUUAUGCCGCCGGCACCUGGUCCAAUUCUUCAUAGAUGAUCUCGUGGACUGGACGGGACCUCACGGCAAGCGAGAGCGUUUCCGCAUCCACCAUGUGUCCCUAGACUGCGUAAUGCAUUGA